AUGCAUUCUCAUGUAUAUGCAAAGAAAAAUAUCUGAAUACAUAGAAACGACUAUAAUUCAAUUCCCAAAUACUUAAAUAUGCCUAAUAUUUUUAAUCUUAAUGAUUAAUGAAAAUAAGCAAUUAUCUAUAUAGUAACAAAUUUGAUAUUGUUGAAUGAAGAAAACUAUAUGGUCUUUUGAUAUUUAAAUUUUAUAUAUUUAAAUGAUUAUAGUGCGAAUUCAAUAUGGCGACUGAUCAGUUUACCGGCGAUUCUGAAAUAAGCCAUAAAAAUUCAUUCAGACCACAAAUAAUUUUAUUAUUUAGUGGUAAGAGAAAGUCUGGAAAGGAUUAUAUUACAAAUGCUUUGCACGAAAGGAUUGGAUCUGAUAGGAGUGUCAUUAUAAGAUUAUCCGGACCAAUUAAAUUUCAUUGGGCUAAGACCCGUGGUUUGAACGUUGAUGAGCUUUUAGGAGAUGGCAAAUACAAAGAGAAUUAUCGCCUUGAAAUGGCAAAAUGGGGAGAGAACAUUAGGAAUGAAGAUUAUGGUUAUUUUUGUCGUGCGGCCUUAGAAAUGUAUAAUGUAUUUAGCAAACCUAUAUGGAUAGUGAGUGAUGCGCGAAGAAAAACUGAUAUACAAUGGUUUGUAGAAAAUUUUAAAGAUGUAUGUAAAACAAUUCGGAUUGAAUCAGAUGAUUUAGUUAGGAACAAACGUGGCUGGGUAUUUAAUCCAGGUAUUGACGAUUCAGAAACUGAAUGUAAUUUAGAUGAUAUAAAUACAUGGGAUUUGAAAGUGACAAAUAAUAGUGAGGACAUAAAUUGUAUAUUAGAACAAAUCUUAAAAAUAAUUACUUAGUAAACGAUAUUGCAAAUGUAUGAAGCAAUAUUACACAUGUUACAUAUAUGUACUUGUAAAAAAUGAAUUUUUUCCAAUGGAUUUAUAAAGAGGAAGACAAUAAUAUAUGUUGUUUACAAGUGGAUAUAUUUGAAAUUGUUUUAUUAAUUCUUUAUUUAUACAUUUGAUUCUUGUCCAUUGCAUUAUUAAGUAUCAAAUAGAUAUCAUAGUGUAACAGGUUAAUAAAUUCUUAUAUAUUUCAAAGAUCAUAAGAAAACAAAGGAAAAAGAUUUAGGAAAUAAUUAACAAGGUAUUUCAACAAUUAUUUAACAUUUUAACUUAUUAUUUAAAUUUCACAAAUUAAUUUUGCCAAUUAAUUUCUUUUUAAAUGAAAGUUUAUUUAAUCACUAUUACUAUACUUAUAUGCAAUAAGAACAGAUAUAUGCCGUAUGACAGACAAGGAGCGCAAUAAUGUACAAGGACUGCUACGCAGCGUAUUUCAAUAUCGGUGUUUGAUGAAAUUUUCAUUCAAUCAGUGAAAAAAACUAAUUAUGAGAAGAAAUUUACAAACAUUUAUGAUUGCAGGUUCGGUUUUUCUUCUAUAUUCUAUUUAUCCCAUGAAAUAUAGAUUUAUUCUAUAAAAUCUAUGAAUGAAGAUUUAAAAUUACAGCAAAUCGAAACAUUCGCUUAAUUUUUUUGAAAAUUAUUUUCGAAAUUUGAAUAAAAGUUAUACGUAAGCAUAUUUAAAAGUACCAACUUUAAAAUAAAUGCAUUCAAUAUGUAAGUUGAUUUUUCUUAAUUAAAC